AUGGGGGCUCCUGCGCCGGGGAGCAUCACCCAGAACGAAUCGCAGAGCGCAGGACAAACCCGGCCGAGCCCCUCACCUCGGCCGCUCUUAAUGGACGAGUAUGAAGAGGAUGGGUUUUGCCAGCCCUACAGGGGGAUCGCCUGCGCGCGGUUUAUUGGAAAUCGAACCAUUUACAUGGAGUCUUUGCAUAUGCAAGGUGAAAUAGAAAAUCAGAUUACAGCUGCCUUCACCAUGAUUGGCACUUCCAGCCAUUUGUCGGAUAAAUGCUCCCAGUUUGCCAUCCCUUCGCUGUGCCAUUACGCCUUCCCCUAUUGCGACGAGACUUCCUCUGCCCCCAAGCCACGAGACCUGUGCCGCGACGAGUGCGAAAUUCUGGAGAACGUCCUGUGUCAGACCGAGUACAUUUUUGCAAGGUCUAACCCCAUGAUUCUGAUGAGAUUAAAGCUGCCCAACUGCGAAGAUCUGCCCCAGCCGGACAGCCCUGAAGCCGUCAAUUGUAUCCGCAUCGGGAUUCCGAUGGCAGAUCCCAUAAAUAAAAACCACAAGUGCUACAACAGCACGGGCGUAGAUUACCGGGGGACAGUGAGCGUGACCAGGUCAGGGCGGCAGUGCCAGCCCUGGAACUCGCAGUACCCCCACACGCACACCUUCACCGCCAUCAGGUACCCCGAGCUCAACGGGGGCCACUCCUACUGCCGCAACCCCGGCAACCAGAAGGACGCCCCAUGGUGCUUCACCCUAGACGAGAACUUCAAGUCCGAGCUUUGUGACGUCCCGGCAUGCGAUUAUAAGGACUCCAAGGAAAAGAACAAAAUGGAAAUCCUAUAUAUCCUGGUGCCCAGUGUCACCAUUCCCCUGGCCAUAGCCUUGCUCUUCUUCUUCAUCUGCAUCUGUCGCAACAACCAGAAGUCCUCCUCCCCUCCCAUCCAGCGCCAGCCUAAACACGUCAGGGGGCAGAACGUGGAGAUGUCGAUGCUCAACGCCUACAAACCAAAGAGUAAGGCGAAGGAGUUGCCUCUGUCUGCUGUUCGUUUCAUGGAAGAACUGGGAGAAUGCGCUUUCGGCAAGAUCUACAAGGGACAUCUCUACCUCCCGGGCAUGGAUCAUGCUCAGCUCGUUGCCAUCAAGACCCUCAAAGACUUUAACAACCCCCAGCAGUGGGCCGAGUUCCAGCAAGAAGCGUCUUUGAUGGCCGAGCUCCACCACCCCAACAUCGUUUGCCUCUUGGGUGUUGUGACCCAGGAGCAACCCGUCUGCAUGCUCUUCGAGUACAUGAACCAAGGAGACCUCCACGAGUUUCUCAUCAUGCGAUCACCGCAUUCGGAUGUUGGGUGCAGCAGCGACGAGGAUGGGACUGUAAAAUCCAGCCUGGACCACGGGGAUUUCCUGCAUAUUGCAGUCCAGAUUGCGGCGGGGAUGGAGUACUUAUCGAGUCAUUUCUUUGUCCAUAAAGAUCUCGCUGCUCGUAACAUUUUAAUUGGAGAACAACUUCAUGUGAAAAUUUCAGACCUUGGACUCUCAAGAGAGAUCUACUCAGCAGAUUAUUACAGAGUUCAAAACAAAUCUCUCUUGCCCAUUCGCUGGAUGCCACCGGAGGCAAUUAUGUACGGCAAGCUCUCUUCCGCUUCAGAUAUUUGGGCAUUUGGAGUUGUUUUAUGGGAAAUAUUCAGCUUUGGACUUCAACCAUAUUACGGAUUUAGUAAUCAGGAGGUGAUAGAGAUGAUCAGGAAAAGACAACUGCUGCCAUGCUCUGAAGACUGUCCUCCCCGAAUGUACAGCCUGAUGACCGAAUGCUGGCAUGAUCUGCCAUCCCGCAGGCCACGGUUUAAAGAAAUCCAUGCCAGGCUGCGCUCGUGGGAGGGUCUUUCAAGUCACACCAGUUCUACCACCCCCUCCGGUGGGAAUGCCACCACCCAAACGACUUCCCUCAGCGCCAGUCCUGUUAGCAAUCUCAGUAACCCCAGGUACCCUAACUACAUGUUCCCAGCACAAGGUAUCCCCCAAGGCCAAAUCGCCGGGUUCAUUGGGCCGCCGAUACCUCAGAACCAGCGGUACAUCCCCAUCAACGGGUACCCCAUUCCAGCGGGAUACGCCGCUUUCCCAGCUGCCCACUAUCAACCACAAGGCCCACCCCGGGUGAUCCAGCACUGUCCUCCUCCAAAGAGCCGCUCUCCGAGCAGCGCCAGCGGAUCCACUAGCACAGGGCAUGUCACCAGUUUGCCGUCUUCAGGAUCCAACCAGGAAGCAAAUAUUCCUUUGCUAUCUCACAUGGCAAUUCCCAGUCAUCCGGGGGGAAUCGGGAUUACAGUUUUUGGAAAUAAAACUCAAAAACCCUACAAAAUUGACUCGAAGCAGUCUUCCCUGUUAGGAGACUCCAGCAUCCAUGGACCUAAUGAAUCUAUGAUUUCAGCUGAAUUGUAAAUAAGCGAGGCCUUUGUAAAUAUAACUAUUUACAAUACAAACUAGAGAGCGGUAGAAAAGAUUUAUAUGCAAAUAUUUUAUUAAAGAUUCUGCUGGUUGGUUAACAGACAUUGCAGCGAGUAUCUUCUGUGAAGUUUUAACUGCUUAGCAGGAUGGGCAGGCGCAACCAGGCACAGAUCGCUGUGGUCAAAGUACUCAGCUUUGGAAUGGACGCAUUGUUUCUUUAAGCGCCACUGACAGUUCCGAAAGGGGAAGGUUUGGUUUGGUUUUUUUUUUUUAAAUAAAAACAUUUGAUCAUAUGCUUUUUCACAGCUUUUUAAACCUCCGAUGUGGUUUAAAUCACAGAAACUUUUUUUAUGCUGAAAACAUAUUUUAGUAUGUCUCUUUUUUUAGGAGAUGCCAAUAUCCGGAAGUCUAUUGGGUGUGCAAUUUCAGUUCCAAUACCGAGUUAAAAUAUUUGUAAAUUUUGCAGUCAAGGAUUAUGUUUCAAAUAUGUGAUCUGAGAGCUGGAUAAAUUACUUCAGGUAGGAUUUUGGUCUUUUGUUAAGUCGGAAUUCUGAGUUCGGAUUCGGACCAAAACCAAAAGUCAUUUAUAUGACAGCACAAUAGCUUGAGUUAUCAACUCGUGGUCUACAAAUACCAUCUGCUGUGGGCUGCUAAAGGUGGCUGGAGUUCUAAGAAAUUGCCUUAAAGGAAAUGAAAUUAAAGUGUUUUAAUUUCAGAAUGUGAAUCAACCUAUUCAAAGGUAACAUUUCACAAUCUAGUAGUUUGAGCAGAAAUUUUGUAUCCUUUUGUUGCUAUGCAACUGUUUAAUGGAAAAGCUCCAAAUCACAAUUUUAUAUAUGACAAUCAGUUUUCCCAGGAAUAUUUAUUGCUGCAGAUCGAUGUGUAAUUCAGUGACUACGACUCCAGUAACCCUGAGGAAAGGGAAGCUCACGUUCCACCAGGCAGCAAAUCCAUCUGUAGCAAUUUUGCCUAUCAGUUCUAAUAAUGUGAAUGAGGGUUAACUUUCAACUUAGGAACGUGACAUUUGCGUGAUGAAUAAAAAUUCAUUCAGGUAUAAGCAAUCUGGAUUAUUCAUUUGAAACCACUUUAAUGAGUUACGAAAGUGCUGUGUACGUUGUGGUUUUUCACAGACUCUUUUUGUACUGAAUAGUAUUUUUAUUGUACACAGGACAAAACCAGUCUUUUGCUCAGUUGGCAAUGUUGUAUAAUACGACUUUAUUUUUCUCUUUUUGCACAAAAGUGUGAUAAUGUACAGCAGAAGUGAAAAUACAUCUCUGCGUUUUA